GAUACAAUAUCAUCAACUUGCAUGAUAACCAUCAUCGAAACAUGUACACAAUAUAUCCAGCGACAACCUUCAACGAUACGCGUGGGGUCUUUCAGAGCUCGUAAAUAAACCCACCUGGUUUUAUCCGGCAAUUAAAUAAAAUAACGACGAGAUUACUUCCAAACUUACAGGCCUCUAAGCCCACGGUUCUCGAGGUUCACCGAGGGAACCUCAUCUCAAAUCGCAGAGCAAGAUGACAUCCUCGUCAGCGUCUUCCUCACCUCCACCACCCGACCCUGACGACUACCUAUUCCAAUCAAACUACCAACCAAAUCCCACACACCCGAAUUCCUCUCAACCCCUAACGCCCCGACCACGUUCUCGACCUAGCUCUUCCUCGUCCUCCGAAUCGCCCUCACCACCCCCUCUCCAACACAACUUCUUCGCACCCCCCUUUUACAACCGACCUCCCACACCUCUCCCCCCCUCCCCCUCACUAACCAGUCUCCUCCGGCCCUCUCGCCCUACCACCCCUGAUUCCUCGGCCGAUGAGCUCGAGCCGCCGGUCCCGCGCGCCUCCCCCAAGGUUCCAACCUACGAAUACUAUGGUUUCGUACUCUACCUUUUCUCCUCUCUAACCUUCCUGCUCUACCUCCUCUGGUCCUACCUUCCAUCUCCCUUCCUACACGCGCUAGGAAUCUACUACUAUCCCAAUCGCUGGUGGUCUCUCGCGUUACCGAGUUGGAUUGUCAUGCUCCUCGUAUAUAUCUAUGUUGCGCUCGCGAGUUACAAUACUGGAUAUCUUACUCUAGGUAUGAGUAAUGUGGAGACGAUUAUAGAUGGGGCUGCGAAUGUGUGUUUAGUUGAUGGGAGGGGUAUGGCGGGAGCGAGUCAUGCUACUCAGGAGGAAAAUGCUAGGGAGAAAGAUAGGAGGAGAGGCAAGGAGAGGGAAAGGGGUACGGGCUAUACUGGAGGAGGGAAAGAGGCGGAUGUGAGGGCGUGGAAGAAAGUUUGGAGUCGAGGUACGGAUGCUGUUAUGGAUGUACCAUUGGGUGGUGUAUGUGAAAUUCUAUAUGGAGAUGGAAGGGAAGAUCUUGAAAUGGACGAUGAUGACUAUUAUUGAGCUUAAAAGGAAAGAAGGCGGGCGAAAAGCAAUCUAUACCCAUAUUUGUUGCAUUUUUAAUGCUUAAGUAUAAUGAUAUCUAAUGAACACAAUCCUGCA